UUGUUUGCGUGUUGACACUCAACAGCUGUCUGGAUAUCAUAACAAUCAUUCGAGCACCUUGAUGCUUCCCUUAACCAAUAUUGUCUAUGUAUUCGUGUGCUUCGCCAAACGUUUAAUUGCAUAUCGAUUCAUGUUUUGUGAAGCUAAUAAUUAGUCGGGAUUUUUUAAAUAUUUUGUGUGUGUGGUCUAUUUAAUUAGCAGAUAGGAACAGUUAAAGAAGUUGUAUUUUGCACCGGCGUCAGGAUAUGAAAGACUAGCUGUUUCUGAAUCACAGCUGUGAAAUAUAAGUAUUGCAAGGGAACCUGAUACUAAGGUGGGUGUAUAAGCGUAAGCUAUCCGUCCAGCGUCCUCUGUGUCAUUAAAUCGGUACUGUACUGGCCCCAACCUGUCAGAGAACGCUAUAUAUGGAUUCUCACUGUAAUAUGCCGACACUUCAGUGAAAUCAUCAGGGUGAAAGUUACCAUGGAGGUAGGCUACGGAUCACUUGAAGAACCAACGCCGACUUCUACACCGCAACCAAACAAAGAUGAAAAACUCCUUAAAAAUGGCAACAAUGUUGAGAAGGUCAGCGGAAAGGCUUGGGGUCGUGUCAAGAAUAUUCUGACCCGGAGGGCUCGCUACCCUCCCAGUAUAUUCUUUAUCUUGGGGACUGAGUUCUGCGAGAGAUUCUGCUAUUAUGGUUUGAGAACCAUCCUUGUCCUGUAUCUGACCAACUGGCUACGGUUCACCCCGGACAGUGCGACAGCCAUCUACCAUGGAUCCAGCAUGCUGGCCUACUUCUCCCCCAUCAUUGGCGCCAUCAUCGCCGACGGCUACAUCGGGAGAUACAGGACCAUCCUGUACCUGUCUGUGGUGUACUGCAUCGGGAACCUCAUCCUGGCGCUUACAGCACUUCCACCCAGAGAGAAGAUCGGCCCUCUGAUUGGUCUGUUGGUGAUAGGCCUGGGGACAGGAGGCAUCAAACCAUGUGUGUCUGCGUUCGGGGGAGACCAGUUCCAUGCCUCACAGGAAAAAGAAAGGACAACAUUCUUCUCCGUAUUUUACUUCAUGAUCAACUUAGGCAGUGUCCUGUCAACGUUCUUCACACCUAUGUUACGAGCUGAUGUACACUGUAUAGAAGACACAUGUUACCCACUUGCCUUCGGUGUUCCUGCCCUUCUAAUGUUCCUGGCGAUCAUUAUAUUUAUUGCCGGGACAAGGAUGUACAAAAGAAAUCCACCCUCAGGGAAUAUUCUAGGGAAAGUUUUACGAUGUAUAUGGCACGGCCUUCGGAGGUCAUGUCAGACAAGAGGAGAGGUGCAAGAGCAAAAGACCCACUGGUUGGACCUCGCAGGAGAUAAGUUUGAGGAGAGUUUUGUAGAAGAUGUGAAGAUCUUACUGAAAGUAUUAUGGCUGUUUCUGCCUCUGCCAUUGUUCUGGGCAUUGUUUGAUCAGCAGGGAUCAAGAUGGACUCUCCAAGCAGAAGAAAUGGAUGGGUCCAUGGGAAGCCUUGGGCGACUGAAACCAGAUCAGUUUCAGGUGUUGAAUCCCUUGCUCAUCAUCCUCCUCAUCCCAGUUUUUGAACACAUCAUCUACCCCCUGCUAGACUGUUGCAAGAUCCCUCACAGGCCUCUACAGCGGAUGGUUGUGGGAAUGAGCUUCGGUGUUCUGGCGUUUAUAGUUGCAGGACUUGUACAGAUUAAAUUAGAUAGCAGCAAAGAGGCUCCCUUAGCCGUGGGGGAAUCUGGCAUUACAGUCCUCAACACAAUGAAGUGCAAUGUCUCACUUACCUCCCCUUUCUAUAGUGGUAACAUCACCACCUACCAGAAUACAGGUAUGUUCCGGCAUCAAAGCGACAACAUGUCGCUGUCUGCCACCUGCACAGAGGACAAAACAAGAUCUGUGACAGACACCUUCCUGUUUGAUGGCGCCACAGCAUACCGAGUUGUUAUCAUGAUGGACUCACAAGGUCACAUGACUAUGAAGCAGUUCAUGGAUAAGAGGGCUAAACCCAGUAAUGGACUAUCAGAUGUCAGCAUUGUCAGUAACCUGCCGUACACGAACAGUUCCCAGAGAGUCAGACUGGUGCCGAUGAAUGGGAAUAAGGUGUCAGGGGCACCUGUUUACAUCAACUUCAGCCACGACAACGCUACCGUGUACACCAGCAUAGAGCCAGCAGUGUACAAGGUGUCCCUGCCACUACAGACCCCUGGGGAGGAGUGGAAGGAGCAGGCUGGGCUGGUGACAUUCCUGUCAGGGGCCACCUACACCCUGGCCCUCAUCAACAGAAACUCUGCUGCAGACUUCAACGAUGAGGCGGAUGUGAAGCUGUACCAAGGCCUGACUGAGAACCAGGUGUCCAUGUUCUUGCUGGUUCCACAGUAUGUCAUCAUCACAGUCGGGGAGGUCCUCUUCUCCGUCACAGGACUGUCCUUUGCAUAUUCUCAGGCUCCAAAUGGACUGAAGUCUGUGGUGCAGGCUGCGUGGUUGCUGACUACAGCAGUGGGGGAUCUGGUCGUCGUCAUUGUUGCGGAGGUGCAGCUUCUGCCCAGUCAGACUGCUGAAUUCUUCCUGUUUGCCGCUCUCAUGGGUCUUGCUACAAUCAUCUUCGCCAUCAUGACAGUGUUCUAUAAAUACCUAUAUGUGACUUCAUCGGCCAGUGGGAGCGACACUGAUGAGCCUGGGCUUGUGGAUGGGGAUAAGGAAGAGAUGCCUCUCAAAGAUAAGGAUGGCAAGCAAGCAUAAGUUACAUCACUCAAGGAUAAGGAAGGGAUGCCUCUCAAAGAUAAGGAUGGCAAGCAAGCAUAAGUUACAUCACUCAAGGAUAAGGAAGGGAUGCCACUCAGAGAUAAGGAUGGCAAGCAAGCAUAAGUUACAUCACUCAAGGAUAAGGAAGAGAUGCCUCUCAAAGAUAAGGAUGGCAAGCAAGCAUAAGUUACAUCACUCAAGGAUAAGGAAGGGAUGCCACUCAGAGAUAAGGAUGGCAGCAUAGGAAAGUUACUAUUACACUUUACACUAAGUAGUCUUUAUUGACAUUUAACUUUAAUCAAAACUUGAUAAAAAUUAAUCAAAACUAAUCUGAUAUUUACAGUAUUUUUUUACUCCAAACAUUAUAAACUCUCAGGACAUUGUCAGAGGGAGACCUCACUGACGAAAUCAGAAAUCAGUCCAGAAAUGUUGCUAUCGAGAUGGAGACUUUAUCUGGGCAUAGAUCAGGUUACCUGUAUUUAUGGUACACCCUGGGCAGUAUUUAUAAAGAAUCUAAGAUUAUUCUUAAGUAAAAAUUAAACCUAAAACGUUGCUUUAUGAAUAUGACUUACCAGUAAGUAAAAUCUUGAAAUUUAAGUCAGAAAAAGUUGAAAGCUCACUUUUUGCCAAGACUGAAGUUGAGUAUUUUUCAGAUCUCAGUUCUUUUGUGAAUACCGUCCCUUGUCUUUUAAUCUCAUGGCAUAUUCCUGUUCCCAAAUAUCUCAGGAUGAAAAUGAAACAAUAUAACAGCUUUGUUAGGAGACAUGUCCUGACCUUUCAGUUUUAAUGGUUCCGACAAAUUUGUGUGUAAUGUAUGUUGGGAUUCAUUUAUUGUUCUGAAAAGUUUAAACCUUUAAUUAUGUAGAGCAGGUUUUAUAUUGUUUGACGACAGAUGGAAUUGGACUCUCCAGCAUUCUGUUGCAUAACAUUGUUACCGUGGUAACAGGAACAUGGACACCUAGUUUUUCAUGUUGGCUGGAUGAUGUUGGGAUAUAAGGUCUCAUCUAUUUAACAAACAUGAAACUAUUAAAAAUGCUAUUUCCAUCUCUCAAAUUCAUACUUGCAUUUAAGUUAGCCCACUUUAAAAGCUUACGAAAAAAUUACAAUGGAUUACUGAUGCUUUCCAUAUUUCACAUGGAUAUUUUGUUUCCUAUCUGAAUGCCAAGGCCACACUAGUUAAGUAAACGGGUCACAGAUUUGGGAAGUAGAUCGGUUUUGAUACAGAGGUUUGGAGUAAAUAUCAAAAUAUAUUUAUUUUGAGGCACAUUUUUAUUUUAGGUUGACAUAUUGUGUGUUUUGGUUAUUUUGUUACAAAACAGUAGAUGCAACUUAGUGCUUUAGAUCUUUCAGCAAAACAUCCAAGAAUGAAAAAACAUAUUUCAAAUACCUCUGUCAAGGUCAAAUGAUUUAUCAACUGACAAGUAAGUGUGGUCUAAGCCUGUGUCAGAUGUCAGUAUUAUACAUACCAAGAUUCAUGCAGUGUUUGUAAGCUAAUACUGUGGUUGUGCUGAUCAAGGUUCAGGAUAGGACAAAGCAGAUUCAGGAACAGGUGAACUGCUGGAUCCAUGUUUUUCCAGAAGGAGCGAGGUGCCAGUUGUGCCUGUUUUUAAAGCAUGCAUUAAUUUGUUGUGUUAACAAAGUUUAAAUAUAUAAGGCAGACAGGGACUAAAUUGUUAUGUUAUGUUUUCAACAAAAUGACAAAUAGUUAACUAUUUAAUGAUUGUUUUUAUUCAUAUAGCAUUUUGGAUUGUAUACUCCCUAAGACUAUGAGCAUACCAAAAAGCUUAGAAUUCAGCUCGAAUUAUUAUUAUUACUAUAUUUAUUAUAAUUAUUAUUAUUAUUUCACUUCACUCCUCAUUUUCUAAAGUUUGGUUGUGUGAUGGUGGGAUGAAAUCACAACCGUUUAUCUCAUUCAUGUCUGUUGGUAUUAGUGUAUUGGUUUGGAAUGGUGUAAAUCUUUAUCUGAAAUCACAAUUUAUGAGGGGCAGUAGGGUAGCCUAGUGGUUAAAGCAUUCACUCGUCACACCGAAGACCCGGGUUCGAUUCCCCACAUGGGUACAAUGUG